AUGAGUUCCAGGGCAUUGAGAAGAUUAGAGAAGCAAAGAGAGCAGGAAAAGUUGGCUCAACAAGCUGCAGUGGAGCAAGAAGAGGAAUCUGAAGAAGAGUAUGUCCAGCCAAAGAAAGCUCAGAAUUUGUUUGCAUUGAUGGGUAAUGAUGAUGAAGAUGAAGAGGAUAAUGAAAGUGAUGUUCAAGAAGAAGAAGAAGAAGUCAAACCAACUAUUCAACUACCGACAAAAUCCCAGAAAAAAUCCAAAAAGAAGAAGAAUAAAGCUAAAAAGAAAGCUUCUUCUCAAACUCCAGAACCUGAAGAUAAUGAAAGAGAUGAACAAGAUGAUGAAUUGGAUCAAAUUUUAAAAGAAAUCAACAAGAAGGAAAGAAGACUUAUAGAUACCACUGGUGAAGAUGAUGAUCAAGAAGAAGAUGAAGAUGAUUUCACACAUGAUAUUAUAGAUCCUUCAUAUAGAUUCUUUACGCCAUUAAAACAAUAUAAAGCUGCAUCAUUAUUGAAAAUUAAUCCAAAAGAUCUUGACCCUGAUACUGAAUUUAAAAAUUUAUUUGGUAAUUUAUCCGCUGAAGCGUUAGAAGAUGCUGAUUCUACGACUUCAACUUCAGUACCACCAGAAAUUUUACAACAAAUUAAAAGAUUAUCAAAAGUUGUCAGAGGUUGGGGUGGUCGUGAUAGAAGGUCUAUCCCAGGUACCACGAGAAAAUUGAUCUUAACCAAAAUAAGAGAUGAUUGGAUUCCAACAAAUACAAAAGAUUUAAGUAUGGAGGAAUUAUCAUUAAAAGAAAUUGCUGAUAAUAAAGCUAGUGAAACUGAAGAUUGGAUUGAUGUUAUUAAAGAAGAUGUUAAAAAAUUAAGUAAAUAUGGUAUAAAGCAAUAUAAAUUUGAAAGAGGUCCGGAAUCAAAAAUUGCAAAUUCUCAAUUUUAUGCAUCUGUUGUUGUUAGACCAAAUCAUGAAAAUUUAAUUCAAGCUUUAAAUAGAUUCCCAUAUCAUGUUGAAACUAUCUUACAAGUGGCAUUAAUCCUGAUAAGACAAGGUGAUAAAAGUAAUAGUAAUGGAUUAGUAGAAAGAGCAUUAUUUGCAUUUGAUCGUGGGUUCAAACAAAAUUUUGAUUUAUGUAAUGGAUUAACAAGAUUACCAUUUAAUUAUUAUUUAAAUCGUCAGUUUUAUUUAGCAAUUUUCAGAUAUAUUGAAGUCUUGGUUAAGAAGGGUACAUUAUUCACUGCUUUUACAUAUGCUAAAUUAUUAUUAUCAUUAUCUCCAGCUGAUGAUCCAUUCGGUACUAGAUAUUUUAUUGAUUUUUAUGCUAUAAUUUCAGGUGAAAAUAAAUUUUUGAUUGAUUUUGUUGAUAGUCCUUUAGUUAAAACUUAUAGUCAAUGGUAUACACCUGGUUUAGCAUAUUCAGCAGCUUUAGCAUUUUUAAAUUUGAAAAAUGAAGUUAAAGCUAAAGAAUAUUUGAAAAAAGCAUUUAUUAAACAUCCAUUCACUGGUUAUAAAUUAUUAGAAGCUAUUGGAUUGGCAACUGAUAUUCCAGUUAAUGAUUAUUCUAUUUUUGAAGUUGGUCAAGAAACUGAAGUCUCUACAGAAGCUUAUUUAGUAAGAGCACCAAUCAUGUGGAAAGAAUCAAAAGAUAGAAAAUUCUUACAUGAUAACUUGUUAGAAUUCAUUAAUAAUAAAGUUAAAUUACAACCAACUCAUGAUGGAGUUAUACCAAUAAAUUUCUUAAGAUUUGCAAUUUUAUCAGGUGAAGGUAAAAUCAUGGCUAAAAUUCCAUCUGAAGUUUGGGAUCAAAAUGAAUUUUAUGAAUAUGAUGUCCUUCCACCAAAAAUAGGUGAUGUUGAAGUUUUGGAAGAUUUUAUUGAUCAAAGAUAUACAGCUGCUACUUAUAAUGAAGAGGAAAUGUUGGAUAUGGCUAGAAAUAUGAGUCUUCAAGAUGCUAUUGAGAAUGGAUUCCAGGGAAUUCCAGGUGCAUUUCCAGAAGAUGAUUAG